AUGUCGACGAGUCCCAACUUCCCCACCGAGGGUACAUUUGUUACGACGCUCAACGGGAAGAGGUGCCAGCCCCCCGCCGGCGAGCACCACAAGUACGAGCUCGUCUUCAUCGUCUUCGUCAAGCUCGUCGUCUUCGUCCUCGUCUUCUUCGUCGAGUUCGCCGCUACCUGUAGUAGCUACACCACCUCCAGCCUCACAGCCGCAAGUGCUUGUGCCGCCACCUCAGGUAGAGCCGACGACCGCUGCCCCGGCCAUCGUCGCGCCGCCUCCUGCCGUGGCCACACCCUCAACGUCAAUACCACAGUUCCCUCCUCCCCGGUUCCGACCUCUGUGUCGACCUCGAUAGCAGCGGUGCCGACCUCACUAUCAGCAGUUCCCACCCCGUCGGUGGCUGAUCCUGCUGUCGCCCCACCGCCGCAGAGCGAGCUCGCUUCAUCCGACACCGCGUCAUCUGCGGCGCCUUUGACGACGAUAGGUGCUGGGGCUGGGACGCCAGCAAACAAUCCACAGGCGCCAGACGCUGCGGAGAGCACGUCCGGGGUGAAUGUGGUCCCGGUUGGCGGAAGCGGCGGUGGACCUAGCCGCAGUGGCUCUGGCUCGACUAUCGCCGUGGCAGGGGGCGUGGUCGGUGGUGUAGCGGUCAUCAGCUUGGUUGCCUUUUUGAUAUGGUUCUGGAGACGGCGGAUGCUGAGGAAGCGGCGGAGCACGCUACUCACACCACUGUCCGCUGAUCCAGGAUUCGGAAGGGACCGACAGGGAGGAUAUCUAAUUGAGCGUGACAGCAUUGGGCCUACCCCCCGGUCCACCAAGGUCAAGGUCGCCCUGAGGGCGCAAUACAGCCGUGUCCGCGGCCGCAUCGCGCGUAGUGGCAGCAUUCGCAGCAUCUCCAGCACAAACAGCGGGCGCAGUGUUGAUAUGAACAGGGGCAACUCUCAGUUCAUGGACUCUUCACCUGUUGUCGACAGAGGGAGGAAGAACUCGUCGGCUCUGCCACCAAACGACGAGGACAACCAAUCCUUCAAGGACCGUAUUACGGCCAUCUGGUCCAAACUCACGGGGCCUCAGAUGCGUGACCCAGGAUGGAACGAGAAUAAGAACGACAUAUUCGCUGCCCGCGGGCUUGGUGGUAGUAUGAAGGAGAAGGAAAACCCAAGGACCAGGCCAGUAACCAACAAGCCCGAUUUCCUCACCCUACUCAACAUGGACGACAACGAAUUGGAUCGAGAGGCCCAGAGACGCCGAAUGUCACGGACACGCGGUGGCAGCGACUCCUCCGUGCUGGGAGGCCUGAACCUGAAUUUCGGCCAGGAUCCCUUCAGCGACGUGAACGCCAUAACCAGCAACAGUGCCAAACCUGCUCCGUUCCUCGUCUCAGGUGCCAACAACCCCUUCUCUGACGCAAAUGCAAUCCCAGGACCGGCCGAUGUCCCUCAACCGUCCUCGUACGUUGCCGACAUCCGCCGCUCGAGGGGCCAGUCCGUGGGCACCACGAUCGACUUGAACCAGGUCAUGGACCUGAGGGUGGUCAACGGGGUCUCCCGGCCACCCAGUGGAGCGACCACACGGCCAGGUGGCUACGAAUCGACAAUGUACAUGCGCGAGAGCGCAGCGAGCUUCGAAAGCUUUAACACCAGGCGCAAUAAGUUCCGGUCCGACCCCUUCGACCUGGAGCCGCUGUCGCAGGGCUCGAGCACCUUCGACCGGUCUGCCGUGGCGUCGAGCACGUUCUCCACCGUUGGCAGUAGCAGCGGCGGGGGGCGAUUUGACAGCACCAGCGGCAGCAUCCCGAUCGGACACCAUCAGUCGGGCGUCGGCUUGGGCGGCAGAUCCGCGGCCGGGGGCGACGUCAUUCGGAAGCCAGUGCCCGCCGCUCACGCAAGGGAGAACAGCCUAGGCAGCUCCAAGUACACCAGCGGCGUCAGCGAGGGCAGCAUGGACGACUGGAGCGACCCGGGUCCGGACGUGGGGCCACGGGCCGUCCACACUGGGAACAACCGCAGGACGAGCCAGGGCAGCGUGAGGAUGGGCUAUGCUUUAUGA